AUGUCGUCCGCAACAACGCAGUCGAAAAAGCGCACUUCUGUUUAUUGCUGUGUUUACGACUGCCACAACAGCUACGGAAACACAGCUAAGAAGCUCCCAGUGGUAGAGUUUUACCGCUUUCCAGCAAAGCCGUACGAGGCAGAGCGUCGACGGAAAUGGGUUGCAGCGGUGCGGCGCGCGUUGUUUGCUCUCCAUGAUACAGAAUUGUUUCUCGCUGGCACAGUUAGACACUGCAUUUUUGUGUACAGCGGAGACGGAGACUCCUGGGAACCCGCGAAUGGGCAGGCCAGGAUUUGCAGCUGCCACUUCGUAGGAAACAAAAAAAGCUCCAUCGCUCAGCGCCCCGCUUACAUCCCCACGAUCUUCCCUUCGUCGUACAAGGCGAGAUGCAAUGUGACGACAGAGACGCAACUGCAAAGAUACGCAAUGUGA